UAUCCUAACCUGUGCAUUCAAAGCUCAUCAGAGCAAUUGUUGCUCUAAUUUUAAAUCCUGUUUUAGAAACAUGGCCCUAUUCACUAGGUGUAUUUUGUGGAGAGCCUCUGUUCCCCAGUUCAAGUCUAGCGCUUCUGAAUUUGGGUUCUGCUGUUUGCUCCCCAGAAGUAACCUUGCCUGUCCAGUCCUGGAUCCCUCACCUGCUGUACUUUUUGUUGUUUGAAGGAUCUGGUUUUCUAGAUGCCACUGAUAACAGAAUAUCCUAAUAAUGCAAGAUACAUUCAUAUUCUAAACACCCGUUAGGAUUCUUGAAAUUCCACUGGAAAAUCGUCUGUCUACUGAGCAUAGAGUUUGUUCUCAAUAAAAUAUCAGGAGUUAAAUUCUCUGGGGUUGCAAUGACAUGCUCCCGUGUGCAUACAUAAGGCUUUACAAAAUGUCCCAUAACUCACUCCAUGUUCCUGUCCUUGACUUGUGCUUUCCCUGUUUGUGUCUCUUCAUUUCAGAAACAGCUGGAAACUGGGAGGCAGAAGAUUGUGGCUGAAUUUCAGCAACUGCGCCAGUUUCUGGAGGAACAAGAGCGACUCCUGCUGGCCCAGUUGGAAGAGCUGAAUAAGGAAAUUGAAAAGGGGAGGGCUGACUAUGCUGCCAAACUAUCUGAGGAAAUAGCUUCUUUCAGUUCCCUGAUCAGUGAGAUGGAGCAGAAGUGCCAGCUGCCAGCAAGUGAAUUCCUGCAGGACAUCAAAGGCACCUUGAGCAGAUGUGAGAGGAAGAAGUUUCAGAACCCAGUGGCCUUUUCUUCUGACCUGAAAUGGAGAAUCUGGGAAUCUUUUCAAAGAAAUGCACCUCUGGAGACCAUAAUGAAGAAAUUCACAGACUCACUGUCAUCUAUACCUCAGUGGGACAAAGGUAAAUUUCUGGGAUCAAAGGGGGAGUGAAAACUUCCUUAUGAAUUAUGGUGGCUCAUUGGCAGCACCAUAGUUCAGGUUUUGUUUCAAGUUUGCAUUUGACAGGAGCUGAGCAACAUAUUACUGGUGGCUGCCCAGAUCUUCCCUAAAAACAGAAAAGUCGAUUAUUUCCUCUCUUAGACUUUGUAACUAGUGGUUGGGUUAACCAGAUGGGCUGGGGUGCAGGAGAGGAGGUGAGCAGUGGAUCUCCGUAGAUCUAAGAAUUUAAAAAUGAGCCUUUUGGAAAAUCAGAGAGGAACAUCUCACCUCAUUUUCAGAACUCUUUAUGCCCAUACAUCACAUCCCCUGGCAAUAUUAUUAUUAUUAGCAAAUGCACAAGUGGUACAAUGAAGAAUGGGAAAAUUCAACAUACAAAAAUAGACAUUUCUGUUUUAUCCCUACUUUAUAUGUCAAAAGAAAAAAAUGUCAAAAUGGGUUAGGUAGACAUUACCUAUUAGCAGACAUGCCAACUCUCACGAAUUGAGUGAGAGAGAUGUGAUUUCUGAGUAAAAUUAAGCCUCACUCAUGAUCUCAUGAUAGAACUCUCAGCUGUGGCUGAAAAAAAAUCCCGACAUUUGAGAGUUCUAAAAAUGAGGCUUCAUUUUACUCUGAAAUCCUGUCAGCUGCCCUGGGCGCGGCUGGGGCUCCCGCUGUCACCACCCCAGUGCGGCUGCUCCCUUGCCUAGGGAG